UGAAAAAGGCUCGCAAAAAAAUCCCUAAUUCACUCAUUCCAUUCAAAAUCUCAGGCGCGUUUCCGAUUUAAUCACCAUCCUCUUCUACCUAAUCUCUUCGUUGGCGUCGCAAAUCGAGUGAGAGAGUGUGGAGUGGAACGAUCGAGAAAGUGGAAUAGCUCCAAAAACACCAUCGAUCAUAGCGAUAUAGAAGAUGGAGUUUUGCCCUACUUGUGGUAGCAUGCUACAGUAUGAAUUGCCUUAUAUGGGUUGCCAUUCAAGAUUUUUUUGUUCUGCUUGUCCAUACGUUUGUCCCAUUGACAAUAAAAUCAAAAGAAAGCAAAGGUUGGUGAGAAAAGAGACGGAGGACAUAGUCAUUGAUGGUGACAAAGUGAUUGCACCAAUAACUGACGCGAGAUGCCCCAAAUGCGGUCAUGGUAAAGCUGGUUUCAGGGAAUUUCAGACUCGAUCAGCUGAUGAGCCAGCAACUAUAACAUAUUGUUGCUUAGAGUGUAAGAACGAAUGGCAAGGAUAGAUAGAAAAGCUUUUCAAGCGGGCUUUUGAUAUUUUCUUAAUCUUCGCUGACUUUUUUGUCUUUUUUUCUUAGUUUCUUUAAGGAUUAGAAAAAUGAGAUAGGAAAAAGAUCCUUGUGCUGCAUUUCAAUAUCAAAUAUAAAGUUUGAUUUUUAUUGUGUUUGGAUGCACGAUUUCAACUCGUGUUUCUAAAUAUUUUCUCAUCAAAUGUAAAAAAUGUAGAAGAUACUUAUAGUAGUUUUAGGUUAGACUAGGGAUGGCAUCGGGCGGGUCGGGUACGGGUUUUAUGAUACCCGUCCCCGUCCCUGCGACACAAACUCAUCCUUGUACCGUACCUGUCGGCUAUGUGAUUUUCAUUCUCA